CUCAUUCCUCUGCAUUGUCUGCUUCAAUCUCCUCAUGAACACUCUUAUCUUUCCUCAUUGUCUCUUCACCUAAUUUGUCAUUCACUUACCAGGAACCUUAUCCUUCUUUUCUGGAUCAAUUCAUUUGGGAUUGACGGUCCUUGGGAAGCUAAAGUGUAAUAGCCAGUGGGGCGUCUUCAAUCGCAUUGUCAAGACAGGGCGAGAAUCUAAAAUAUUGGUCUCUGAUUAUCUUGGCCUGUUUGGUGUUUCACGUGUGACGUAUGUUACAACAUCCACCUCCCCCACUUUUUGCGCUGGCUCCGCUCUUACACCUGCACUGUGUCUUACCUGUUCCUCUGCUUCUCUCUCUUGACACUAUACCUUGACUGUCUGUUCAGCUGACAAUGAUCCUUCUGGAUAGUGGCGACUAGCACAGGCCGAUACAAUUGCUUUCUCACGGGUUGCCCGAAGAAUGCGCGAUUAACCUCCCUCCUAACCGCAACUCUAUUUGGUAUAGAAACAGGUGUGACUUAUAUACCUUUUUGAUACCGCCAACAUGGCUACUGUGGUUGUGCAGCAGCAAACGCUGCGCCAUCCCUCCCCUCCACCGACCGGCAUCUCUCCGUCCUUAGGGAUCAACCGAAGCUCUUCUCCGAUCCCGAACAGACACCUACCCGUAUGCCCCACGGGGCCAUCCCCGGACGCCACACCCUCGACGACCCAGGAUGACCUGGGUGAUCAAUCUCCUUCCUCCUUGCUCUUUCCACCGGAUGCGUUCUCUCGCGUUUCGGAGUCGCCUCCGUUGUAUUCCAUAGAUGCAUUCUCCCUAUCUGCGGCCCUCAACCAUUGUGCGUCUCAGCCGUUGCCAGAUCCCAGUCUGGUCUUCCCAUGGCUGCACGGUCUCCACCCGGAGAACCAUCUGCAGUUGGGCUUUUUCACCCACCGAAAGCGCGCUCUCAGGGUCACUCCGAAAUGCUGGCGUGGGAUUACAUUGGUGAAGGUGGGCGGCGAUCUCGCGACAGCGAGGUUGAAAGGUGCCGUGGGCCCGGAGGAAAUACUGUCACCCUCGGGUCUGGAUUUUUUGGCCGCCGAUCCUCGGGAGGGGUUCUCAGUGCGCAAUUUUCAAAUCCAGACUGCCAAGCUGGCGCCCUUAUCGGACAUCGUCGUGUACGGGGAGCAGGGUUGCGACAAGGGACAGAUUAUGGAGGUUGCGGGGAGCAUUGCGACAGCGCAGCAGCACUGGAGGCUCCAGUUUGACCCUCAACAGUACUUGCAGGCGUAUAAUACCUUUGUUCUCUCAACACCGUUCUCAAAAAUCGAGCAGCACACUCCGGAGCUGGUGGCUGUCAACUCCCUCGGCCAGCUGACGGGACAAGUGGUCGAUUUCUUCCAAUGGGAACGGGUUGAGAUGUGUGAGAUGUCCCGGGCAUCGGAGAUUUCCACCAAUGUCUGGCAAGGUCCUACCCCGGAUCAUCUGCUGAGGAUGGGAUCGGGUGGCCCUGCCGCUGGUGAAUUCUAUGAUCUCUUGAUUGAGGCGAGUGACCUGGCGAGCAUGCCUGGCCCUCGCUAUUUGGCAUCGCUCAACGAACAGAUUGAGAAGGGACCAACACGAUUGGAGUUCCCAGCAUCCGGAUCGAUCCUCUUGCCCUCGGGUGAGAAUAGGGAGCUAGACGACCUGGUGACCACGCUGCGGUGGAUCUAUUAUCUAGCGAAUCCAGAAGAUCCAGGGUCUUCGAGGGAUUUGGAUGUGGAUGGGGAUAUUCAAAUGGUUCCUCUUUCAAAUAAGCCCCGCAAGGUUCUGGUGCACUGUCCUGAUGGCUAUACUGAGAGCUCGCUGCUCGUUAUCGCGUAUGCGAUGUUCGCAGAAGGCAUCCCUGCGCACGAGGCGUGGCUUAGGCUUCACAGCGACAAGAAGCGGAACUUCUUCGCUUAUCCGUCCGACGUGACCUUUUUAAGCAGCGUGCAGACAAGAUUACUGCAGGAGAGCCCGGCGACCCACUCGCAUAGGCCUACCUGCCAUCCAGAUCCCCAAUGGUUUCGCUGGUGCGACGGCUCUCUCCCGAGCCGCAUCUUGCCAUACAUGUAUCUUGGAAACCUCGCUCAUGCGAACAACCCAGGCAUGCUCCGGGCACUUGGAAUCAAGCGUGUCCUCAGUAUUGGCGAAUCCGUAUCGUGGCACCACGUGGAGGCUGAACAACUAGGGUCGGAGAAUCUGAUGCAUAUCACUCAAGUUCAAGACAACGGUGUCGAUUCGUUGACAAAGGAGUUUGACCGAUGCUUGAAUUUCAUUCGUAAGGGAAAGGACGAUGGCACCGCCACUCUAGUCCACUGUCGAGUGGGGGUUUCCCGCUCGGCAACUAUCUGUAUCGCUGAAGUCAUGGAGUCUUUGGGGCUCUCUUUCCCGCGAGCAUAUUGUUUUGUGCGCGCACGAAGGUUAAAUGUCAUAAUUCAACCCCAUCUGCGAUUUGUUUAUGAGCUGCUUAAAUGGGAGGAGUUGCAAAUCCAAAAGCACAACAAGCCUCUGAGGCGAGAGCUUGAAUGGUCUACCGUGGCCCGCGAGAUCGCUCUGAUGAACAAACCAUACUCAAGAUAGCGAAGAAAAGACCGUCGACGUCGUGGCGAUCCGAUGGCAGCCACCGAGUUUUCUCUUCCCUCCCAGAAGGCACCUCCCGAUGGAGACCUUCUUGUACAUCAGUUUACGACGAUCGACAGAGAGCACAUAUCCACUGAUUUACUCCCACAGACGGGACUAAACUGAACAGGCCGACUAUAAUACUGAACAUUGACUAUGAAGAUAUGAAUGGAUGAAUGAAUGGAUGAGAGAUGGACACUUUCAAAUUUCUUUUGGCGUUUGAAACAUGCUUGAUUUAUGGAUGAGCGACGAUUCGCCAGUACCACCUUUUUUUCUGGCUUUUCUGCGGCUUGGCUGGCGUUGCAUUUCUUGAAAGAGAUUUUUGCUUUCUUUCUUUACCUAUUUUCUCUUUCGUGGAUAUCUGGAUUUGAUUUGCGAGGAAUACGAUUUGUAUUGGGUUCUUUUGCUUGUUAUUUCUCCGUGUCAGUACUGUAUGGGAAUCGAAUGUCCAAAAACAUAAAAUAAGGGAAAAUGAUUCGCUUUAUCUAAGAGCCUGUAUAUACUGAUGUUGAGAGAUUUGAAAUGACCCACCGAUCACGCUCGC